AUGGGGAAGGCCGGGAGAUGGCUGAGGAGCAUCUUGGCGGGGAAGAAGGACGGCGGCAGGAGGAGGGGGAACAAGCAGGGGCAGUGUGACGCCACACCUUUGGCCGAGCUGCCGGCAGCGUCGAGCCCGAGGGAGAAGAAGCGGUGGAGCUUCCGGAAGCCGGGGAAGGCCGCCACGCCGUCACCGUCGACCCCGGAGCCAAGCGCUGCCGGCGGUAUGUCCGUAUCGGUGUCGGAGCGCGAGCUUGAGCAGAGCAAGCACGCCGUGGCGGUGGCCGUAGCGACCGCGGUGGCUACCGAUGCCGGAGUGGCUGCGGCUGCCGCGGUGAUACGCCUGACGACCGCCGAGGCGGAGGACGAGUUGUAUGCAUGCCCCAUCGAGGAGACCGCAGCCUCAAAAAUCCAGGCCACCUUCAGAGGCUACUUGGCCAGGAAGGCUCUAUGCGCGCUGAGGGGGUUGGUGAAGCUGCAGGCGCUGAUCAGGGGGCAGCUUGUAAGGAAGCAAGCACACGCCACGCUCCGCCGCAUGCAGGCCCUCCUCAUGGCGCAGACCCGCCUGCGCGCGCAGCGCAUGCGCAUGAUCGAGGACGAUGAUGGCUAUACAGCAAACGUCGCUACUACGGUCGAACGCCGGUCGCCGCAGCACCCAAGGCGCCGCCGCUCCUACGAGAUGGACAGGUCCGGCGAGGAGCACGCCAAGAUCGUGGAUAUGGACACUUGGGGGCCGCCUAGGCCGGGGCGGAGCAGCUGCUCGGUCGAGUCGAGGGAACGGCGGCGAGCAGAGUACUACGGCGCCGCCCAGUGCUCGCCCGCGCCGUCGGCGGCAUUCACCGAGCACUUCGAGUACUUGGAGCCGGCGACGGCGCGUGUGGGCCCGUACGUGCCGGCCUCCGUCGACGACGACGGCGAGUCCGUAUCAGACUUCUUCCCCAACUACAUGGCCAACACCCAGUCGUCGCGCGCCAAGGCCCGGUCCCAGAGCGCGCCGAGGCAGAGGCCCUACUCGCCGUCGCCGCUCGACCGGCAGCCGAGCCGGCGGCGCGGCGGCGCUGCGCCCGUGCCGAGGAGCGUCAAGAUGCAGCGUUCGUCGUCGCACGUCGGGGUGCCGUCCUCGGCAGCCGGCGACUACGCGCAGUACCAGCACCAGUACCACCCAUGGCCGGUGAAGCUGGACCGGUCCAGCGUGUCGCUCAAGGGCAGCGAGUGCGGGUCGACGAGCUCCGUCCUCACUGCGGCCACCACCGUCGGCUACUGCCGCUCCAUCGUCGGAUUCGAGGUGCAAAGAAGCCAAAUCGCGGCGGAGCUCCGCGCCGCCACCACUCCCGUGGGCGGCAGCCCCUCCCUCGCGGCCGUCCCUCUCGCCGGCACCACGCUCCUCCCCCGCGCCACCACUCCCGUGGGCGGCAGCCCUUCCCUCGCGGCCCUCCCCCUCCCCGCCACCGCGCCUCUCCCGCGCCACUACGUCAGGCCGCACCUGCGCCUCGGGGAGCGGGAGACCCUGCUGCUGCGCAUCGCAGCGCCUUCUGCGACCGCCAGGCGCCGCUCCGAGCCGCUCCGCGUCCUGCCGAGGUGCGGGGAGGAACGCGGAGGGCACUUCCUCGUCGCCGCCACCCGCCUCGCUCACGCGCCUCCGGUGUCUGGGUCGUGA